AUGCAGUUCAAGAUCCUUGCCCUUUCGACUCUUGUGGCCACUGCAGCUGCCACCUUGGACAUCGCCUUCAGCGGCUACUACUAUGCCGACUGCGUCUCCCCCAGCAUUGAAGCUGCCAACGUGAUCUCUGGUGCCUGUGGACCAAACAACGGCCUCCCUCUCAAGUCUUUCUCGGCGCGCAUCUACUCCGGCUCCUGUGAUGCUGGCACAUCGCCCGUUUUGAAGCUUUACACCGCCACGGGCUGUACUGAAGAGUCACUGUACGGCGAAUACAACGUUACCAGCGAUACCCAGUGCUUCGCGGUGGAUGGAACAUUCUUGAGUAAUGAGGUUGUUUGCGAGUAG